AUGGGGUGUUGCAGUUUUUCUUCACAGGCUGACUCAAAAAGCAGUGCACAAGAAGAAGAUGAUUUGGAGGAUGGGUUUUCUGAGCUUGAGACUGCAGCUAGUGCUGCUGAUAUGGUUCAAGACAGCAAUGUUGACGAUUUAAACGAAGAUCAAUUGAUUUCCGAACCAGAGCUCUCUGAAGAAGAAUAUGAUGGUGAUAGUGCAGAAGAACCUCAAAAUGAGCUGGAAUUAUUUGAUACUAAGGCAGAAGUAACUGAGAAAAGACCUCCACAAAAGAGAGCUUAUUCGGCAUCGUUCAAGGCUAUCAUGGCUGCUCCAGGUUUGUCUGUUCAAAGUGCUUUGGAUAAGUGGGUUGAGGAGGGAAAUGACUUGAAUCAACCUGAGAUAGCCUUGGCCAUGCUCAACCUUCGGAAACGUCGGAUGUAUGGGAGGGCCUUGCAGGAUAACAAAGUUGGGAAAACUCUUAAAAGAAUAAAGACCCUUCAAAAAGUUUUCUACCCAGAAAAACUAUCAUCACACCUUUAUGUUUUUUAG